AAUUUACAUACGAAAUCGUGAAUGAAGGUAUCAAAACGUAACUUUAAAACAACCUCCAUCUCCAUCUCCUUUGUUCUUGUCUGCACCAACCAACAUGAAAGUGGUACAAGUUUUCAACGUAGCACCAGCUUCGGAAUCACAUGAGUUACCAUCUCAAACAUCGCUUCCCCUCACCUUCUUCGACAUACUAUGGUUAAGGCUACCUCCUGUUGAACGCAUCUUCUUCUACGAAUUCCCUCACCCAACCCCACUCUUCUUCGAUACCCUUCUUCCCAAACUCAAACACUCUCUUUCUCUCGCAUUAGGUUACUUUUUUCCUCUUGCGGGCCAUCUCACAUGGCCUUUUCACUCCGAUAAGCCCAUCAUCAAUUACAACACUCGUGACUCUGUGUCCCUCACUGUAGCUGAAUCUGACGCUGAUUUCAACCAUCUAGCUGCCUCGGAUCUUAUUGAAGCUAAAGAGAUUCACCAUCUUAUACCCCACUUGACCAUAUCCCAUGAACAAGCUACAAUUUUAGCCUUACAACUUACGCUAUUUCCAAACCGUGGUUUUUCCAUUGGAAUAACCUCACACCAUGCUGUUCUAGAUGGCAAAACUUCAACAUCGUUUAUCAAAUCAUGGGCUUAUCUUUGUAGAGAAUCAUCCUCUUCUUUGCCACCUGAACUUUGUCCUUUCUAUGAAAGGGAAGAAGUGGUAAAAGACGCUAAUCAUUUGGGGGCAAAAUAUUGCAGUGAUUGGUUAAAGCAAGGUGGACCCAACAACAGAAGCCUCGUGGUUUGGGAUAUGCAGGUCCCAGAAGACUCCACUAGAGGCUUGUUCAAACUCUCUCGUUGGGAUCUUGAGAAGCUGAAGCAGUAUGUGUUAUCCAAGAACAAAGGGAACACCAACCUUCGCCUGUCAACGUUUGUGUUAUGUGUGGCCUAUGUUUCGGUUUGCAGAGUGAGGGCAGAAGAAACAAAAAACAAAAGCUUUGUGUUGGCUUUGAAUGUCGAUUGCAGGGGUCGUUUGGAGCCACUUACGCCUGCAAAUUAUUUUGGGAACUUCGUUGGGGCGAGACUUGCUACUGUUGAAACAAAAAAACUGUUGGCGGAAGAUGGUAUACUCGUGGCAGUGGAAGCACUUAGUGAUGCUUUGGAAACUCUAAAAGAUGGAGCGUUGACUGGGGCAGAAAAUUGGUCAUCGUUGUUGCUUGAAGGGUUUAACGCCGAUGCGAGGAUAAUUGGCGUUGCUGGGUCUCCUAAGUUUGAGGUUUAUGGUAAUGACUUUGGUUGGGGAAGACCGAAGAAGGUGGAGAUGGCGUCUAUAGACAGAACUGGGGCGUUUUGUUUAUCAGAUUGCAGAAGUGGUGAUGGGGUUGAGAUUGGUUUUGUGUCCAACAAAGAGGUCAUGGAAGCCUUUGCUUCUCUCUUUGUCAAUGGCCUUCAAUCUUGAGUUGAGUCCUUGUUGAUUUGCAAAUUCUUGUGGUUGUGGUUUUUCAGGAAAAAAUAAAGGUGGUUGGGGACAAGACUGUCUUUUGCUCUUCAGGUGUUCCAAUAAAAUGUUCUGGUUGCUUGUCCUUAACGUGAAAUGAAUGAGCAAUGAUAUGCUUUAAUGCUUAUGAUAA